CUGCUGUCUCCCCCGCCUCUUCACGUCCUUAACGUACAGGAAAGUGCUUGAAAGCUGGCCUAUGGACCGCGCACAUUACGCAUACCCUGGCUGCCCAUGACGUGCGCCGUCCCACAUGUACAUGGACAUCGACUCAUCAAAAACACGCACAACGCAUUCACUACUCAACGUGCACCAUAACCACAACGUGCAAACCGUUCACCCUAUAGCUGCCGCCUUGGCGCGGAUGAUCCUCCCUAUACACGACUUGGACUGAGAUGGCGGCCAUGGAAUCCCCCAGUGCCGUCGAUCUCGUGCGCACCGCUUCCCAGAAUUCCACCACCUCGGUCAGCAGGAAAACCAGCACCGUUCGAGUGAGACCGGCGAAGCGCACCUCCAAUGCCUCGCUGCAGCGUGCCCCCUCUCCUGCAGCCGACACAAAAAGCCUGACGUCGUUCCCGUCGCUUUCGCCUACCCCAGACUCCUCUCCCGUACAGUCCCGUGUCAACGGCUGGUUUCGCGCUGCUGUCGGGGCAGGAAAUCCUGGCGAUCGAAAUGAAGAGAACAUCCCUACCAGUUCUCCGGACACUGCGAAACCUACUGUGCCAACCGAGCUGGGCAAGAAUACCACGCCUGGCUCGACGAUGAGGAAUGUCACCAAGUCGACCAAGCAGAUUGUGGGCAGUCUCGUGGCAGUGACGCCCUCGGCCAGGGAACGUUCUGCGCUGUUUGACGACACGCCACAAGAGCCGGAUAAGGUGCCCGGGAACCUGCAUUAUUCGACUAGUCAAGACAUCGAGGAUGUGUUGGAGCAUACCGGAGCUGUCUCGAGCAUUGAGGAGGAGAGCUGAGGAGCGCGAGAGGAUCCUCCGCAAGAUGUUGCAGGAAUGUGAAGUGUCGAAUAUGGAUAUCGAGAACAGGCUUCGUGAGCUCGAUAGGAU